GUAUCAAAAUAACAAAAGACUGUCAAUUUUUGACGUUUUUUUCCAUAUGACUAUUCCAUCGUGUUGGUAGUAUCUGCGCUAGCCACAGCAAAUUUUUUACAUAUACAUGUCAAAGGUGAUCGUGUAAAUUCUCAUUAAACACGUAUCUAAGGUCGCAGUUCAUGAGAUAAAAUCUGAUUGAAAAAGUCAAUGUCCUAGAACAGAUCAAUAUUAGAACGCGAAAUGAGUACAAGUACAUCCCUCAGAUUCGUAAAGCACGUUUUAAUAAUACAAAAAGAUGGAAAAUACUUCAUGGAGAAAAUACAAAAAUUGAUUACGUGGAAGACGAAUUGCACCAUUUUGGACGUGGGAUGCGGACCGGGUAACGUCACCCAUGAUUUUCUUCUGCCAACUUUGCCGAACCAAGUACGCAUAGUCGCGAUUGACAAGUCCGCCGAUGCCAUACGCUACGCGAACGAGCACUAUGGCAGAUCGCCGAUUGCGUUUCUUCAAAUGGACGUCGUAUCUCCCGCCCCGCAGUUCCGCGAAUAUUUCGAUUACAUUGUCUCCUUCUAUUGCCUUCACUUCAUUGGCGAGCAACAGAGCGCCCUGAAGAAUAUCUACCAAAUGCUGAAACCUGGCGGCGACUUUUUCUUCACGUGCGUAGUGCAGUGCGAUUUAUUUCAGGUGAUCGCCACCAUUUUCGACGACCCAAAGUGGAGACCCUACACGUCAGACAACAGACAAUACAUGUCCCCCUACCAGUACUCCCCGCAUUACAUAGGCGACUUGGAAAGGAUGCUGAGGGAAGUCGGGUUUGAUGUCUCAUUUAUUGCCGCCGAACCCAGAGAGUACGACUAUCCCAUGCGAUCUGUUGGAGAUGUGCUCCUUUCCGUUUACUCGAUGAACAUAUCGAAGCACUUGGAAGGAGAAUUUGAGAUUGUGGCUCGACGGGCGAUUAGGGAGGUUGGAUGUAGUAGGAUUAAAGGUGGCGAAGAGUUCUAUCAUACUAAAUUUCAAGUAUUAUUCGGACACGCAAGAAGACCGACCGGUGGGUAGCGUUAGAAUUGUUUUGUAGUUUUUAGCAGUAAAAAUAGAGGCAAUCGAUAAGUUACAAUGAAAAUCA